GGGGGUUUUCGAACGCGUGGCGGGGAAGCCGGCGGCUCCGGGGGCGGACGUCGAAGGCCGAGCUUUUAUAUAAGGAGCCUGCCGCCCGCGCGAGGCUCAAUCUCACAAGUCGGAGGUUUGCUGGCCGCUUCGCACUCCGAGCCCCUGCUUGCUUCCUCGGCCCGGUCGCCCCGUGUGUGUGUUUCAGGCUACUGGGCCAUGCGCGCACGCCCGGACAUCGCCAUGCGGGAGAAGCUGACGAUCUUAAUUGCUUUCCUGUUCCUGCAAAGCGGCUCGAGUCCUGCUUUUGCCUUGGACGACCAUGGAACCCCCGGUCAGCUGGUGACAGAGCAGGCGUCCAUGCCGUACCAGUUCUCUUACUUCGCGGGUGGCCACGACGGAAGUCAUUCGCGGCACGAGGCCCGGGACGCCAACGGCCGCGUCUAUGGCCACUACACGUUAGCGACCGCCGAGGGCUCACAGCGGGUCGUGUGCUACGUGGCCGACGAGAACGGCUUCCGAGCUUGGGUUGACACGAACGAGCAAGGCACGGCCAACGAUGACCCCGCCGACGUCAGCAUCCGCUCCACAGCUCCUGGCACACAAGGGACACCUCGCGGACCCAUCCAGGGCAUCUGUGGUAGACCUCCGGCGCAGUCGGUUGUCGCCCAUCCGCCUGUCGUCGUCCCACCGCGCAAGACGGCCUACGUUCCUGUUCAAGAAGUUAUCCUGCCUCCUGUCGUAAAGCACAUCGUCGAGCCGCCCCCUGUCCGCAAGACUUCGUACGUCCCCGUGCAGCACGUCACAGUGCACGAUACGUAUGUGCCGUCACCGCCGGUUCAUCAUGUUCCCUACGUGCGCAAGGUAGUUGUCAAAAGGCCACCUCCAGUACGCGACUCUUAUUUGGUCCCGCAACCUCCCAAGACUGUGUACGUUCCCGUAGAACAGCAAGUCUUCGUGCAACCACCGCCCGUGGUGCACAGAACCAAGACCAUAGUUAGGAGACCAGGUUACCUUCCAGCGCGCGACGACCCUCCGACUGAAGUCAGCGAAACUUAUCACGACACGCCGCCACAUCGCCCCUGGACGCCGGCUCCAAAGCCUUGGACUCCAGCACCAAAGGUCUGGACUCCCGCACCAAAGCCUUGGACUCCUGCGCCGAAACCUUGGACUCCAGCACCAAAGCCUUGGACGCCUGCGCCCCAAGUGUGGACGCCCGCGCCCCAAGUGUGGACGCCACCACCGAAACCUUGGACACCAGAGCCACGCCCCUGGACGCCAGAACCUCGACCGUGGACACCCCCGCGACGUCCUUGGACGUCGUCAAAAAGCUCCUACGCUCCGCAGCGUGAGGUAUACAGACCACCCGUUCAGGAUGUCUACGUCCCAAGAGGCUACAAGUCCUCUUGUUCUGGAUACUGUGGUCCUAAGGUGACAGCACGGGUGGUGCCGUCGGAGGAGGUCUACGUGAAGACAUCGACGGGGCCGGCGUCCUACUCUGUACGCCGGGGCUAUAUAUCGCCACGAUACGAACCGAGUCCUGAGCCGUCUUACACAGCGUAUCAGGCUUGGAAGCCGAGUUACGACAUCCCGAUCGGAAUGUCUUACAAGAUGACGAUCUCAAAGUCACCCGGCCCUUACCCGUGGGACUACCAGAGGCGUCCGUCGCAACAGCAGAGCUACUACAGGCCCGCACAGACGUCGUCGUACCCGUCGACACCAUCUAGCUACUCGUCUCCGUCGAGGUCUUACUCGGCUCCAAAGUCAAGGGGCAGUUACAGCAACGACUUGGACCUCGACCAGAUGUACGAGUUCAAGCAACCAACAUAUGGCUGAUCGAAUGAAUGGUGUAUAUUUUGGCAGAGGACAGCUUAGUGUGCGAGUUUUUCUAUAUUUUUUAAAACAAACUUGGCAUUUACUUUCGCAGAACUUUCUUCAUAAAAGAUGUCGUGUGUGCUUUUAAGAUUACAUGCCGCGUAAUGUUUCUAUGUAUUGUGAAAAUGCCUGAGUAAUAUGUUGAAUUUGAGUGAACUUUAAGACGAAUAAAAAAGCAAUAUAUCCGUUAUAAAUUUGUA